UCGUUCUGGAUAUUUCCUCACGUGGUGAGAUUCCCCCCGUAGUGUGUCAGAUCCACGCUCACGGAGAAACCGGGGUACCGCAGCACGCCGAUCCUCAGACCUAAACGUUCUUCUCACACAUCCAGAAAUGGCCUUCAGAAAAUUCCUCCCCUUGUUUGACCGUGUGCUGGUGGAGCGCCUUAUGGCAGAGACCGUAACGAAGGGCGGCAUCAUGCUGCCAGAGAAGUCUCAAGGAAAGGUGCUACAGGCCACAGUAGUGGCGGUUGGACCUGGCUCUGUCAAUCAGGAUUUCUACAACUGGCCGGAUGAAUCAUUUGAGGAGAUGGACAGCACCCUGGCUGUCCAACAGUACAUUCAGCAGAACAUUAGAUCAGAUUGCUCCAAUAUCGACAAAAUCCUGGAACCUCCGGAGGGUCAGGACGAGGGGGUCUGGAAAUACGAGCAUCUCAGGCAGUUCUGCCUGGAGCUCAAUGGAUUAGCUGUAAAAUUGCAGAGCGAGUGCCAUCCAGACACCUGCACCCAGAUGACAGCCACAGAGCAGUGGAUCUUUUUAUGUGCUGCCCACAAGACACCCAAAGAGUGCCCUGCCAUUGAUUACACCAGGCACACGCUGGACGGAGCUGCCUGUCUUCUCAAUAGCAACAAAUACUUCCCCAGCAGGGUGAGCAUCAAGGAGUCAUCAGUGGCCAAACUGGGCUCUGUCUGUCGGCGCAUCUAUAGGAUAUUCUCUCAUGCCUACUUCCAUCACCGCCAGAUAUUUGACAAGUAUGAGAAUGAAACAUUCCUUUGUCACCGGUUCACGCGCUUCGUAAUGAAGUACAACCUGAUGUCUAAGGACAACCUGAUCGUGCCCAUUCUGGAGGAGGAAGUGCAGAACACCUCAUCAGCUGGGGAGAGCGAGGCCUAAGAUAGAGCUGCUGCCAUAAGGGAGACACAUGUAAAAACAGAAAUUUUACACAUUAUCGUGGAGACACAUUCACACACCUGCAUAUAUAGGACACACACACACACACAUACACAUACAUAUAUAUAUAUAUAUAUACACACAUAUAUACACACACUACAGUGUAUUAAGGCUCCUGUCUAGUAACACUGUCCAUGUCCCUCCACCCUAGUCACCUGUGUCUAUCUCAAAGGAAGUAAGGGUAAAGAAUUCCAGGAGCAGAGUUCAGCCAUGCCUGCAGGACAACAUGACGUUUUCUAUCCUAUCCACACACCCUGUCAUUCAGAUUCACACCGUGUCUCUGCUGCCAGUGACACACUGGUUUCUGGAUGCAGUCCUGCUCUCACACUACUCCUUUAGGAAGCCCCUUUUCCUUAAUCUUCUUUAAGCAGCUGGAUUUGCAAAAACCUAUGUAAUCAUGGUGACCUGUAUUGUCGACAAAGGCACACACUGACCGCCUCCCCCUCUGUAUAUAACCCCCACUCCCCCUCUCUCUUAAUUCACUAUCAUGUUUUCUGAUGGUGCUUCACUCUUUUGUGUCUGCUUCCGUUCUCUGUUUGCUUGUGUUGCCUACCAGCCUGUUUGGGGGUGUCCCAUGAAAUGGAUCACUAAAUUAGCCUGCUGACUUAAUAAUGCUAUUAAAACACAAUGUAGGUGUGUGGCUUGUGUGGUAGUGAACAAUAACAAACUUAAUCUCUAGCUUUGUAAGUGUACUAGCAGUCAGAUAUUCUUUCUCUUUGGCCUCUGAAAUGAUGUUUCGGGAUAUUUAGGAAGGCUUGCUGGCUAACUCUGAUCCUGCUUUGUGACAUGCCCCCAUUUUAAUACUGUGUAAAUGUGCCUGAUAUUCCUCUUUCCUUGACAUAAAAGUAACUGAAAUUGUGACUGUACGGGCAGAGACUGAGCUGCUGUAAGCCAGUUUGUACCGCUUUAAGCAUCUGACGAGUAAAUACCACAAGGAAGGUUGGAAUAUUGGCUACAUUUAAGUAUCGGAGCACAACCUCCCUUCUUUUACCCCCUCCCUCAUUAAGUUAUUUUGUGGGAGGAGUCUUGUCAAUCCAACCCACUUUUUUUUAAUGGACUAAAAAAUUUUGUUACUGUUGACAUUUUCAUGAUGUCUGUUAAUAAAAAAGACCUAUUAUUGA